AUCCUUUCACUGCCCUGCAGAAGCUCCCUUUGUGCCAGCACUGUCACCUUACGCUUUGUUAGCAGGAAUAAAAGGAGAGUACAGUGAUGCUGCUCUGAGGACAAAACAAGUAGUAGUAAUCAGCUAGGUGCUGAUAAUAGAUUUUCUGCCCUUUUAACUGUUAAUAUUUUCAUAAUGCUAUCUCAAAGCACUUUACAAAUGUUAAUUAUGCCGAUUUGAUGCGGGGGGGAAAAAAAACACAUGUAGUGGUAGAAACUGCAAGUUUGAUAUGGAACAAUGAAGCCUGUAUUUGAGGGCAGAAACUGGUUAGCCAGAGUCCUUGGAUCUCCAGAUUGUCCUGGAAUGUUCUGGUUUUUAAAGGCAUUCUUCAAGAAAACAACAAUCCCAACCGUAGUGCCCAGAUCUUUUUCCUCACUCAUGCAUUUCCAAGAAGCUGUCUCUGAUUUGCUUUAUUUUUUAAACGUUGACUUACGACUUGCACAGUGCUGUUUGAAUUAACAGAUCAUUUAGUUUUAACAGAACCUCCUGAUGCCCAAUGAAAUCACUGCAACUGAACGAAAUUACUGCUGUUCAACACCAAGAGCUCUGAUCAGCGACAACAAAACCUUUCUUCUCUGCAGAUGAGAGAAACUCUGAGCUUAAAAUGGCAAAAAAAAAAAAACAAACCUCACAAAAACAUCCAAAACUUCAGCAUGAGCCUGCAGUUCAGAGGCAACGUGUGGGAAGCUGGUUGUCUGACAGCUUUGGUAUCUCUCAGUCACUAACUCUUCAUCAUUUCUCAUGGAGGAGUGUUUUGUGGUACUAACAGUCAUUAGUCAGGAUCUUUAGCACCAUGCACAGUAGCUCAACAGAAAGAAAUGCUUAAUUUUAACUUUUAUUCCAUUUAAAGCAAACAUGUCUUAUGGCUGUGGAGUCUUUUGGGUUGAAUGAAACCGCUGCUGUUCAGGUUACCAAAUGAUUUUGCCUUCUGCUUAUACAGCUGAGCAGAUUGACCUGGGGAGGUAAGAUGGAGGAGCAGGGGAAGGUUGAAAACGUGUUAAUGAGAACAGUGCUAGCUAACUAUGUACAGAUAUAAUAAAUGACAAAGACAAAGUGUUUUCAGACAAUGUCUUCUUCUUUUGACUCGAUGCGUUGCCUUUGGUGGAUCAUCUUUAAAAUAAGAGAUGAAGUAGAAUGAUGUCCUCUAAUGAUGACCUUUGCAGAGGAACGUGCUGCUCUCAGGCAGUUGCAUGAGGAAAUGUAAGGCUUCACUUUGCCUGCCAUGGAAUUCCUACAGGAACCCACUUUAAGGGUGCUGGAUUUUGCCUUGCCUCUCAUGCUGAUCACAGCUACAGAAAGAGUAAAACUGUCAGAGAGCAAAACUGCACGUGGUGCAUUACUUGGUCAUUACUGCUGAUAGGCCAGCAAGCUGAUCACUGCCUUAAAUCAACUGAUCACUGCCUUGAUCAAAGGCUUAAUGUUGUUUGGCAGCAGGAACUUUGUUUUACAAUUGUUUCCUACUAUUUUUUUGGAGUAGAUGGUGAUACAGCAGCACUGGGCUCUACUUGGCUAUUGGUGAAUAUCUUGUGUCCUUUUCAGCUUGCUGCUGCUCAGUGCCAUUACUUCAAUGGCACGACCCCGUGUGCCUUACCUUGUCUGGUGGUCUGCAGAGGGCAUUUCAGCUCUGUCACACAGCCCUGCAGCCUGGUUAGGACUCCCCAUCCUUUAACAAAAUGCACUGGCAUCAUUUCCAAAAGGUGUACCCCUGAAAAUGUGGCCUUCUGAUGAAGACUGUAGAAGGAUCCCGUGCUUGCAGAUGGAUGGGCACCACGUGUGGUAGGAGGUUGGCGUGGAUGUGAGCAAUGCUGUCAGACCCCCUGAGAGGUGAAGGUGCAGCUCAGGUGAACCUAUAAACAAACUCACCCUGAGCAAAGGAACGCGGGCUUUCUGCAAUGGCUACGAAAUCCAAGAGCAGUGUGAGAGGCUCCAUUGAUGACGUGCUGGAUGACCUCCUGGGAUAUGAUGAUGAAGGCCCUGCUAAGUCUUCUCAGCCAGCUGGUGUCAGCAGUGGGAGAGCCCGGGGCAGCAGCUUGCAGGCCAGCAAGAAGUCAUUUCUGGAGGAUGAUUUCUUUAGCAAGCUCCCUGCAGAGGACAUGGAAGCUGCAGAGGGAUCCAGUAUCUCCGAUGCAGACCCACAAGCUGUGCUGCAAACCCUGAAGGAAAUGGAUGACAUGGAAGCUGAUCUUCUGGGAAUGUCAAAACCCAGUUCUGGGCUGGGAAAGGCAGCCACGAAAGGCCCAGGGAAAUUUAGCACCUCAGAAGGAGCAGUAAAAACUUCAGGGAAGAUGCCAGCUCCUGAGAAAGGAGAAUCUGCGCCUGAGAUGGAUAAGAAACCACUCUCAUCCCCACCCACUUCCCGACAGUACAGGAAAUUUAACUUUGAAGAUGUAGAUGAUCCUUUGGCUGGGCUUUUAUCUGAAGAGGAGCAGGAUGCUCCCAGGAAGCCAUCUCCAAAAGGCAGUGAAAGAAGACCAGAGAGGAAAACAGAACUGGGCAAAGAGAAAGAUCCACUCCCACCCCAGACACCCCUACACACUACAGCCCCAGCCCGGCGCAGGGAGGAGCUCACGUUUGAAGAUGAUGAUGAUGACCUGAUGGAUGUGCUGGGAUUUGGUGAUGGCCAAAAAGGAGACCAGAAGCAUGGAAAGAAGGCGGAAGACAGGGAGGAGGUGCGUCCGGCCCGCUCCAAGCUGGAUGAGUUACUGGGACGAGGCUCCGUCGCCAAAAUCCUGGAACGGCCAGGUGCAGGAGAGCACAGAGAGUUCAAACUGGAUAAGAAGUACCAAAAACAGCCAGAGAAGGAAGAGGGUUGGGACGAGGAGGAUUUUGUCUUUGGAGCUUACCAGCCCACGGUGGCCACCACACCUGAGGGCCGUCCCUCCAGGAGGCAGUCUGUGAGGCAUGCAACUCCCUCUCCUUGCAGCAGGUUUUCAGCUGAGAACAGCAGUGAACCGAAACCAGACCCACACUCCAAACCUCCUCCUGCAGCCAGCCAGAGCCCUGCACGGGGCAGCAGGGCUGGGGGUGACUGGCUGGGCCUGAAGGAUGAGGAUUUUUUGGAUUCAGAGCCUCCGUCUCCAGCUAAGACCAGUCCUGUGGUGAGCUCCCAGCAGCUCCUGGCUAAAGAACAAGCAACGUCCAAACCCAACCAACUGGAAGAGGAUAACUGGCUGAGUGCUGCCUUGUCCCGCAAGAAAGCCCAAGCUCAGGUGAAGGCUCAGGAGAGGAGUGCUGUGCCCCUGGAGACCACAGGCAAAGGGCUGGAUCCCAGCCCUGCUGUCAGCCAGCCAGCCACCUCCACAGGAGCAGCAGCACAGGCAGCUGCCCUGCAGGACAAGGCAGCAAGUGCAGACAGCUCUGGGCACCCAGUCCCCUGGCUCGGCACUGUGACACAAACUUCAGCUCACCCACCGGAGCCUGCAAAGAGGGAUCCCCUGAGAGAUGUCAGCCCCAGCGGUGUGUUUCACAUGAUGGACCCUGCAGCGUCAUCUCCAGCAGAGCAAGGGAUGCAGGGCCCUGCCCCACUUGCUCAGGUUACCAUGCCCAGCACACCCCUCCAGGCUGCCUCGCAGCUGCAGGCUGAAUCCCCACCUCUGGGCUCAGUGCAUGAGAGGAGGCCGGGAGCUCCCACAGCCCAGCCCUACGAGGAUGCAACAAGCUAUCGGGCAGCGCUGCUCAGUGCCCAGGCCCGUGUGGCAGAGCUGGAGAGCCAGGUCCGCAUGCUGGAGCUGGAGCGGACACAGCACAAAUUGUUGCUGGAGAGCCUUCAGCAGAGGCACCAGGAGGACCUGGAUCUUCUCGAGAGCGCACACAGGAGCCGGGUGAAGGUGGUGGAGGAGACUUAUGGGCAGAGGGAGGAGAGGCUGCGGCGGGAGAAGGAGCAGCUGGAGGCUCAGCUGCUGUCACAGAGCCAGGAUGCAGAGCGGGCCAGGGCAGAUCUGGUGGCGCAGCAUAAGCAGCGUGUGGCCACACUGGAGCAGCAGAGCGCCCAGGAGCUGGAGCGGCUGCGAGAGCUGCAGAGGUCAUCUGUCCAGGAGAUGCUCAAAGACCACGAAGAGCAGCUCCAGCGGCUGAAGCGGCUGAAAGACCAGGAGAUCGAUGCAGUGACCAGCGCCACUUCACACACCAGGUCUCUGAAUGGUGUCAUCGAGCAGAUGGAAAGGUUCUCCAGUGACCUGCACAGCCUCUCGCACAAGGUGGAGGCCACACACCACACCACCUCCCAGGAGCUGGCCAUGGGAGCCCGGCAGCGGGAUGAGCAGCUCAAGGUGCUCCAGGACAGGCUGUCACAGCAGCAGAGGGACAUGGAAGAGGAGAGGAGCCGACUCCAGGAGGUGAUUGCCAAAAUGGAGGCCAGGCUAAGUGAGCAGACUCGGCUGCUGGAGCAGGAGCGUUGGAGGGUGACGGCAGAGCAAUCCAAAGUGGAGUCCCUGCAGCGCUCCCUGGAGGAGCAGCGUCGACUCAUGACCCAGCAGCUCUCCAUGGAGCGGGCCGAACUGGAGAGGGCAAAGAGUGCUUUGCUGGAGGAGCAGAAGUCAGUGAUGCAGAAGUGCUCAGAGGAGCGCCGGAAGCUGGCCGUUGAAUGGGCUGAAUUUCACACCCAGCAGCAGCUUAGCAAGGAGCGGAUGGAGCGCGACAUAGACCGAGCCCUGCAGUUGGACUCCCAAAGGGAGGGCACCAUCAUGAGCCUGGCCAAGGAGCAAGCAGAGCUGAAGGUACGGAGCCGCGAGCUGAAGGUCAAGGAGGAGCAGCUGGCGAGGGACAGAUUGCUGCUGGAUGAGGCCUGGCAUGAGCUAAGGCUGGAGAAGGAGAAGGUGAAAGGGGCUACACUGCGCAUCCGGCAGCAGGAGGAGGAGAUCAAGAACAUGAGCAAGCUCUCUGCACAGAAGUAUGAGGAAGGGGAACGAGCCCUGCAGGAUGCAUGUAGGAUAGAGUCUGAGCACCAGGCCAGGCUGCAGGUCAUGCAGCAGCACCUGGAGCAGCUCAAGCAGCAAGAACAGCACCUGCAACAGGAGAGGUUGAGCAUGGCUCACCAGAGGAGACAGCUUGAACAACUGCACAAGAAGCUGCCUAAUAACCCCACGCUGCUGCUGACCACAGACCAGGACCUGAGUGCUUCCACCAAGGGCCUCUCCAGCACGCUGAGUUUUCCACCUCCCAUCAGGACAUUGCCUGGGCACAGGAGUGUGGGCACGACUGCCUCAAUGGAGCUCUACGCCAAACUGCUGGUGCUGAAGCACAGGGCUCAGCAGGACCGCAGUUUCCUGGAGGAUGAGCAGCUCUUCUUGGAGACCCUAAAGAAGGCGUCCUGCAACACUUCACCUCUGUCAGUGUGAGGAGCCAUCCCCACUCCCCCCUCGAGCUGUGUGUGCAUCGAGUGCUGGGCUGUGCAGAUGGGGGGAUGUGGAGGGGGGGGGGAGAACAAGUAAUAAAUAAUGUCUGUUUAAA